AUGUUCUUAAUACAAGAUUGCCUCUUUCCUAACCAGGACAUUCUCUCAACAAUUCCUAUCUUUCCCAUGUUUCUCCUUAAUUUCUAUUCUUUUUCUAAAGGACCCUUUCUCCCAUUUGUCAUCAAUUUCCCAUUAGGUAGUUUGAUCAUUUUCUAUCUUUCCUAUCCCUAUGUUGCUUUUUCAACGAUUGACCUUUUUACCACCAUUCCUAUUCUGUCAUCAAUUUAUAGCAAGGCCUUUAGCCCUUGCUCUCCUCUGUCUAACCUCUUGUUCUCAUUCUGUCUUAGUCCUUGCUCUCCUCUGUCUAACCUCUUGUUCUCACUCUGUCUAACCUCUCCUUGUCUAACCUUCUCACCUCUGUCUAAGUCCUUGCUCUCUCUCUCCCUUGUUCUCUCUCUGUCUAACCUCUUGUUCUCACUCUGUAUAAGCCCUUGCUCUCCUCUGUCUAACCUCUUGUUCUCCUCUGUCUUAGCCCUUGCUCUCUCUCUGUCUAACCUCUUGUUCUCACUCUGUCUUAGCCCCUUGCUCUCUCUCUGUCUAACCUCUUUCCCUUGCUCUCUCUGUCUAACCUCUUGUUCUCACUGUCUGUCUUGCCCUUCUCCUCUCUGUCUAACCUCUUGUUCUCACUCUGUCUUAGUCCUUGCUCUCUCUCUGUCUAACCUCUUGUUCUCACUCUUCCUUGCUCUCUCUCUGUCUAACCUCUUGUUCUCACUCUGUAUAAGCCCUUGCUCUCACUCUUCCUUGCUCUCUCUCUGUCUAACCUCUUGUUCUCACUCUGUCUUAGUCCUUGCUCUCUCUCUGUCUAACCUCUUGUUCUCACUCUCCCUUCUCUCUCUGUCUAACCUCUUGUUCUCCUCUGUCUUAGCCCUUGCUCUCCUCUGUCUAACCUCUUGUUCUCCUCUGUCUAAGCCCUUGCUCUCACUCUGUCUAACCUCUUGUUCUCACUCUGUCUUGUCCCCUUUCUCUCUCUGUCUAACCUCUUGUUCUCCUCUGUCUAAGCCCUUGCUCUCUCUCUCCCUUCUCUCUCUCUGUCUAACCUCUUGUUCUCUCUGUCUUAGUCCCUUGCUCUCUCUGUCUAACCUCUUGUUCUCCUCUGUCUUAGCCCCUUGCUCUCCUCUGUCUAACCUCUUGUUCUCCUCUGUCUUAGCCCUUGCUCUCCUCUGUCUAACCUCUUGUUCUUUCACUCUGUCUAAGCCCUUUGCUCUCACUCUCCUCUUGUUCUCACUCUGUCUAACCUCUUGUUCUCUCUCUUUAGCCCUGUCUGUUAACCUCUUGUUCUCACUCUUCCUUGCUCUCUCUCUGUCUAACCUCUUGUUCUCCUCUGUUUUAGUCCUUGCUCUCUCUCUGUCUAACCUCUUGUUCUCACUCUGUCUAAGCCCUUGCUCUCUCUCUCCCUUGCUCUCUCUCUCUGUCUUAACCUCUUGUUCUCCUCUCUGUCUCUCUUGUCCUGUUGCUCUCUCUCUGUCUAACCUCUUGUUCUCCUCUGUCUUAGCCCUUGCUCUCUCUCUGUCUAACCUCUUGUUCUCCUCUUCCUUGCUCUCUCUCUGUCUAACCUCUUGUUCUCCUCUGUAUAAGCCCUUGCUCUCUCUCUGUCUAACCUCUUGUUCUCCUCUUCCUUGCUCUCUCUGUCUAACCUCUUGUUUCUCUCUCUGUUAUAACCUCCCCUGUGCUCUCUCUCUGUCUAACCUCUUGUUCUCCUCUAAGCCCUUGCUCUCACUCUCCCUUGCUCUCUCACUCUGUCUAACCUCUUGUCUUAGCCCUUCUCUCUCCUCUGUCUUCUUGUUCUCUGUCUUAGCCCUUGCUCUCCUCUUCCUUGCUCUCUCUCUGUCUAACCUCUUGUUCUCACUCUGUCUAAGUCCUUCUCUCACUCUGUCUAACCUCUUGUUCUCCUCUGUCUUAGUCCUUGCUCUCUCUCUGUCUAACCUCUUGUUCUCCUCUCCCUUCUCUCUGUCUAACCUCUUGUUCUCCUCUGUCUUAGUCCUUGCUCUCUCUCUGUCUAAACCUCUUGCCCUUGCUCUCCUCUGUCUAACCUCUUGUUCUCCUCUGUCCAAGUCCUUGCUCUCUCUGUCUAACCUCUUGUUUCUCCUCUGUCUAAGCCCUUGCUCUCCUCUGUCUAACCUCUUGUUCUCCUCUUCCUUGCCCUUGCUCUCUCUCUGUCUAACCUCUUGUUCUCCACUCUGUCUUAGCCCUUGCUCUCUCUCUCCCUUGCUCUCUCUCUGUCUAACCUCUUGUUCUCACUCUGUCUUAGCCCUUGCUCUCUCUCUGUCUAACCUCUUGUUCACACUCUGUCUUAGCCCUUGCUCUCUCUCUUCCUUGCUCUCUCUCUGUCUAACCUCUUGUUCUCCUCUGUCUAAAGCCCUUGCUCCUCUGUUCUCUCACUCUGUCUUAGUCCUUGCUCUCUCUCUGUCUCUCUUGUCCUUGCUCUCUCAUCUGUCUAACCUCUUGUUCUCCUCUUCUAACCUCUUGUUCUCACUCUGUCUUAAGCCCUUGCUCUCUCUCUGUCUAACCUCUUGUUCUCACUCUGUCUUAGUCCUUGCUCUCACUCUGUCUAACCUCUUGUUCUCCUCUGUCUUAGUCCUUGCUCUCUCUCUGUCUAACCUCUUGUUCUCCUCUGUCUUAGUCCUUGUUCUCACUCUGUCUAACCUCUUGUUCUCACUCUGUAUAAGUCCUUGCUCUCUCUGUCUAACCUCUUGUUCUCACUCUGUCUUAGUCCUUGCUCUCACUCUUCCUUCUCUCUCUGUCUUAGUCCUUGCUCUCUCUCUGUCUAACCUCUUGUUCUCCUCUGUAAGCCAAGUCCUUGCUCUCACUCUGUCUAACCUCUUGUUCUCCCACUCUGUCUUAGUCCUUGUUGCUCUCUCUCUGUCUAACCUCUUGUUCUCACUCUGUCUAAGCCCUUGCUCUCACUCUCCCUUGCUCUCACUCUGUCUAAACCUCUUGUUCUCUCACUCUGUCUUAGUCCUUGCUCUCACUCUGUCUAACCUCUUGUUCUCACUCUGUCUUAGUUUUUUGCUCUCUCUGUCUAACCUCUUGUUCUCACUCUGUAUAACCUCUUGUUCUCCUCUGGGGUCCUUGCUCUCUCUCUGUCUAACCUCUUGUUUCUCACUCUGUCUUAGUCCUUGCUCUCUCUGUCUAACCUCUUUCCUUGCUCUCCUCUCAGCGAUUGUCUUUUGCUACCAUUCUCAUUUCUGUCAUCCAAAUUGGCCACAAGGCCAUUGGGUAGUUGAUCAUGUUUCUCCUUUCUGUUCAGCUUCCCUAUUCUUGUCUUUUACUACAUUCAUUCUGUCAUUUUACAAGGCCUAUUUCUCCUGA